CAAACCGGAAAUGUACGAAAGAAACGACUGAUGACUUCCCCCUGCCUGCAAAUCAGCGCGGGAAGAGACAAACACCAGAACCAUUCAAAUCAGUCCGUUCAUCGCCAGGUUUCUUAAUAUUGCACCAACCUCGUCUAUAUUUUCGGGGUUUACCGUUCGUCAGGAUGAAGGUGGUUACCUGUGAGAUCGCAUGGCACAACAAGGAGCCGGUGUACAGCAUGGACUUCCAGCAGCAGUGUGAGGGCAAGAUCCACCGGCUUGCUACCGCUGGUGUGGACUCCACUGUGCGGAUGUGGAAGGUGGGAAUGGGGCCAGAUGGCAAAGCGACCGUGGAGUUCCUGUCCAACCUGGCUCGGCACACCAAGGCUGUGAACGUGGUGCGAUUCUCCCCCAGCUCUGAGCUGCUGGCGUCCGGCGGAGAUGACGCUGCCAUCUUGCUGUGGAAGCUGAAUGACUGUAAGGAGCCGGCUGCCUUCCAGGAGGAUGAGGACGCUCAGCUCAACAAGGAGAGCUGGAUCGUGGUGAAGACCCUGCGGGGUCACAUUGAGGAUGUGUAUGACAUCUCCUGGGCCAGUGAUGGGAACUUCAUGGUGUCAGGAUCCGUGGAUAACACCGCCAUCAUGUGGGACAUCACAAAGGGACAGAAGAUGUGCAUUUUUAACGACCAUAAGAGUUACGUGCAGGGUGUGAGCUGGGAUCCCCUGGGACAUUACAUUUCCACACUCAGCUGUGACAGAGUGAUGCGGGUGUACAGUGCUCAAACCAGGAAGAAGGCCUACAACGUCUGUAAAAUGACCUCGGGAUCAGCGGCGGAGGGGGAGGUGAAGAACUACAGAAUGUUCCACGAUGACAGCAUGCGGUCUUUCUUCCGCCGGCUCACCUUCACCCCUGACGGCUCCUUCCUGCUGGUGCCAGCUGGGUGUGUGGAGGCGGGGGAGAACGUGACUAACACCACCUACAUCUUCUCCAGGAAAAACCUGAAGAGGCCCGUAGCUCACUUGCCCUGCCCCGCGAAGGCCACGCUCGCCGUGCGCUGCUGCCCCGUCUACUUUGAGCUCCGGACCCACAAGGCUGACGAUGGUACCACACAGCCCCUGCCCAACACCCUGCAGCUCCCCUAUCGCCUGGUGUUCGCUGUGGCAUCUGAGGACUCCAUCUUCCUGUACGACACCCAGCAGAGCCUUCCUUUCGGCUACGUCUCCAACAUCCACUACCACACCCUCAGCGACCUCACCUGGUCUCGGGACGGCUCUUUCCUGGCGGUGUCCUCCACCGAUGGCUACUGCUCCUUCCUGUCCUUCUCUCCGGGGGAGCUGGGGACCCCCCUCAAACAGCGCCCCGUUCUGCAGACGCUCACCCCUUCGUCUGUCCCCGAGAAGAAAGGCAAGAAGGCGGCCGGCGGCAGGACCGCCUCCCCUGUACCCCGGAACUCAGACGCCAGCCCCGCGGCGGGGUCAAAGGUCGGCACGGCGGGAGAGGCGGCUUGCGAUGCCCCCUCCACCCCUCUUUCCAGCAAGACCUCCACCGCCACCACCCCCACCUCAGGGGAGCGGGCCAGCCAGCCCAGCCAGGCCAAGCCCCAGGGCCGCAGGAUCAUGCUCAACACGCUGGAGGCCUGGAGCAAAACCAGCGCCCCCAAAGCGGCCAGCGCCCCCAAAGCGGGGUCCCCCGGCCUACGGACCCCCAGCACGGCCAAGGGGCCCACGCCCAGGCGGAUCUCUCUGACUCCGGUGCCUCAGGCCUCCUCCCAGACCUUCGUUAGUCCCUCCCCCUCAGAGAAAGCCAAACACGAGAGGCCGUCCCCGCCCAGCGACCCCAUGUGCAAACCCCCAGAGCCCAAGCGCUCCAAGAAUGAUGAACCCCUCUCCAGCACCGCCCCCGGGGCCCCGCCCAGCACCGCCCCUGGGGCCCCACCCAGCACCACCCCUGGGGCCCCACCCAGCACCACUGAGCUUCCCCAGGGCCCCUGACGCUCCCGGUACUGACUGACUGAUGUCAUCACUGACCCCUUCAAGCGCUGCCGCUCAAAGCUCUUCCACCUGUUACACAGGGACUGUGUAUGUGUGGUAUGUGUGGUAUGUGUGGUAUGUGUGGUAUGUGUGGUAUGUGUGGUAUGUGUGGUAUGUGUGGUGUGUGUGGUAUGUGUGGUAUGUGUGGUAUGUGUGGUGUGUGUGGUGUGUGUGGUGUGUGUGGUGUGUGUGUGUGUGUGUGGUGUGUGUGUGUGUGUGUAUCCUCCUGUGGGUAUAUUGAGUGUCACACGGGACAUAUGCAAUUGUGGUGGUUGGUUGCCGUGUUUUAAAAGGCCUAAUACAAUGUAAUACUUCAGAUUGGGACAGUUUUACCCACAAUAUUUUGCAUCGCUGGACUGAAGCCACUAAGCAUUCCUCUGUGUUCCCCUCCAAUCAGAAUGAGGCUUGUUGAACAGUCACUCUUCAUUCACUGUGUUUGUGUAUUUGUAUUUGCUGAUUGUAGCAAGGAGGAGUUUCCCAAUACAUAUUUUUUAAUGCAACUUAUCCAUUUAGACAUCUCUCCACUUUCUAUUUUAAAACUCUGUUAAAGGAAUUGAGAUACUAGUAAAUAUAUCACUGUAUAAAUAA